AUGGAGCUGCAAACCAAAUUUUACUUCACACUGUCUGAUUAUGUAAUGUUUUAUGUGCAGGUGUAUGGAAAAUCUUCCCAGCUUCCCGAGCACCCAGGGUUCCAAGUUCUGGCAUCAGCUUCCCAUUACUGGCCAUUGGAAGAUGUGGAUGGAAUUCAUGAGUUUCGAGAUUCAAAUGGAGCUCUAAGAAUCCACAGCUUCACUGUGCUUCCUUCCCAUAACUCUACCUUUGUAUAUACCAAUGACUCUGCCUACUCUAACUUCUCUGCAACUGUAGAUAUUGUAGAAGGAAUGGUGAACAAAGGAAUUUACGUCACUGAGGAGAAAGGGGUUACCUUUCUGUUCUUUGGAAGCUACAAAAAUUCUUGCAUUAGUAACCCAGAAGUCUGUGGACCAGAAGGAGUCACGUUCUCCUUUUUCUGGAAGACUCAAGACCAGCAGACCAGGUUUCCCUCUGCCUCUGGUGGACAAGUAAUUUCCAGUGGUUUCAAAAUCUGUUCAAAUGAAGGGGAAGGCUCUGUGGAAUUUUACACUCGUGGAAAUGCAAUGAUGAAGUGGAAGGCAAGCUUUAGUCCACCAGGUCCUUAUUGGACACACAUCCUCUUCACUUGGAAAUCAAGAGAAGGACUGAAAGUCUAUGUGAAUGGAACUCUAAACACAACUGAUCCAAGUGGGAAAGUUUUCUACGAUUAUGGAGACCCCAGUGCCAAUCUCCUGACUGGGACAGAGGGGGAUCAAACUAAGCGCUAUGUGAAUGGGGCGUUUGAUGAAUUCAUUAUAUGGGAAAGGGCUCUCACUGCCAAUGAAAUUGAGCAGUACUUUACAGCUGCUAUAGGUGUACAAGUUGUGCUUUCUUCAGCACUUCCAGGGUCUGUGAUGACAACCACUGCAAGUCCUGUGCUGUCUAUGAAUGCUUAUCACCCCAUCAUAACUAAUCUGACUGAGGAAAGAAGGAAGUUUCAUUUCCCAGAUAUUAUGCUGAACUACCUAGGAAACAUCUCAUUGAACUUGCCCAACAAAUCCUUGUCAGAAAACACUGCUCUUCUCCUGACUGAGGCUUUUUUAAAUGUUGUUGAAGACUUUCUUUCAUUGCCCGCCUGGACUGAUAAAUCAAAGACUGCUCCCAUAUUUGGAGGUUUAAUUGAGACUGUUGACUGUGUGAUGGUGCAUGUGGCUCACCAUCUAGCAGAGAACUUGUUACCUGGAACCAUAGAAGGCACCUCACCUGUGGCAGAUUACUCCUUGGCAAAAAUGUAUCCUCAGACUCUGAAUUUGUCCCACUAUCGCUUUCCAUCUAAAGGCCAGAGUUACAUUUCCAUCCCCAGUGAAGCUUUUCACAAAACAGCUUGGAUAACCAUUGUUGGCCUGCUUUACCAUAACAUGCACUAUUUCUUUCAUAAUAUUGACCCUAUGGAUACUAAGAUUCCCGAGGCUGCUGCCUACAAAGGUUAUAUGAUCUCAGCAACCAGUUACCUUAUAUCCCUGAAAGUGGAACCUCCACCUACGUUGUCUCACAAUCUCUCAGGAUCUCCUCUUAUUACCAUCCACCUUACCCAUAAAUUGACUUCUAAACAAUACAGCCUAGCAGUAAAUAAGAGCAACAAGGUCCAUCUUUACUGUGCAUUUCUGGACUACAG